GAUAUCAUCAUAUCUAAGGAUGGGAAUCACUCCUUUAUGUCAGAUGAUGCUAACCAAAAUAUUCACUAUAUAAUUGUGAUGAAUAAAGAUUAUUGUUCGCGUGACUAUGUUAAAGCAAAGCAUUAUCUCAGCGGGUACUGUUACAGUUUAAUAAUUACUAAAAAACGAAUAAAUUUGGAUGUUAAGGGUCUUAAGUAUGCAACCCCGCAUGAGUACUGCCAAAAAAUACAUCAAAAGAAUAAACAAUUAUCAAAUAAAAAUAAUCAGAUAGGAGAAUCAAGUGGUUCAAAAAACAACAAUAAGAAAAAUGAUGAAGAGGAAUGGGGUGAUCUUUAUUAAAGGUAUCACGACGUUGAGCGGUUGAGCCGACAACUAGUAGGCCGACAGACUAUCUAUAUCUAUUAUUCAUGUUUCAUAAUAUGAUGAAUAAAAUCGUCUAAAAAAUUUUCAAUUUCAUAAUUAAAAAUUAUAAAAAAAAAAAUUAUAAUUAUAGCUUUAUUUAUUAUUCAUAUUUUAUGAUAUUAUUAAUAUGAUCGUCUUAAAAAUAUUAGUAUCAUAAUACAAAUGUAUAAUAUUGGUUCGAUAUCUUGUCUCAAAUAAUUGUUUUGAUUUAAUAUCGAUAUUAUUAUUAUUUAGACAUUUUGGAUAUAGGUACAAUAUAGGUACAUAAUAUAAUAUCUUUAAGACUUUACCCAACGUCGGUCGUCGGCUCACCUUCCUAGUCCUGGUUUUUGAUAUUUUUACUAUAGUAUACUAUUGUCUAUUGAUUUAUUUUACUAUUGGUAUGACGGUAGUUGAUUCCAUAUAUAUUGUCGAAAACAAUAC